GGGCGUCCUCUCCAUGUUCUGUGCGGUCUCCUGUGCGGGUCAGGUUUACAGUCAGGGAGGUUUUGGUGGAGAACAUUAGGCCAUAGAAGCCCAUACAUUGUGUUUGGAGGAGCAGGUUCCUACAAUAUAGGAUCUGCUCUGUGGAUAUCUCCUGUAGAAGAUCAUUCUCCUGACUGACCCAUCAAGGAUGGAUAGAAACAGUGACAAGAUGGCAGAGAGUAUAAUAAAUCUCACCCUGGAGAUCCUCUUCCAGAUUACUGGAGAGGAAUACACAGUAGUGAAGAAGAUCUCUAGUGAGGACCCUGUAGCUGAAGGACGGGGAAGAACCCUAAGCCCAAUUUCCUGGCCAACACCUCACAUCCCGAUACAUGAGAAAGUUCAUAGAGAGAAGAUCCUAGAACUCACCAACAAGAUCAUUGAGCUUCUGACUGGAGAGGUUCGUAUAAGAUGUCAGGAUGUCGCUAUCUAUUUCUCCAUGCAGGAGUGGAAGUAUUUAGAAGAAAACAAAGAUCUGUACCAGGACGUCAAGAAGGAGGACCACCGGCCCCUCAAGUCUAGAAUUAAAGAAGAGAGAACAACGCCGGAAAGAUGUCCCAGUCCUCUUCUUCCACAGGAUGAUUCAAAAGAACAUCACAAUGUUCCACAGGAUGAUCAGUUUUUCAGUCCAAUUAAAGAUCUGAAAAUUAUUAAGGUUGAAGAGGCAGAUAUGGACUUUGCCACAGAUAACCACCCAGAUGAUUGUGGUGUCAUAGAAGAUGCAUAUGAAGAGCAUGUCAUUAUCUCAGAUGGGUCCUCAUCAUCUGAUCCUUUGGAUGGAGUCAGAUCUCCUGAUUCAUCAAAGACCGUAAAGAAAAAUAAAAGUCCUAGAAGAAGUGUUAAAAAAACUCAAACGGGGGAGAAGACUUUUUCAUGCUCAGAAUGUGGGAAACGUUUUAACCGCAAAUCUAUUCUUGUUACACAUAAGAGAAUUCACACAGGUGAGAGGCCAUUUUCAUGUUCAGAAUGUAACAAAAGUUUUAAUCGCAAAUCGGUUCUUCUUAUACAUGAGAGAAUUCACACAGGGGCAAAGCCAUUUUCAUGCUCAAAAUGUGAAAAACGUUUUAACCGUAUGUCAGAUCUUAUUGUACAUGAGAAAAUUCACACAGGGGAGAAGCCAUUUCCAUGCUCGGAAUGUGGGAAAUGUUUUAACCAUAAAUCAGAUCUUGUUAAACAUCAGCGAAUUCACACAGGGGAGAUGCCAUUUUCAUGUUCAGAAUGUGACAAACGUUUCAGCUAUAAAGCACAUCUUGCUAAACAUGAGAUAAUGCACACAAUGGAGAAGCCAUUUUCAUGUUCAGAAUGUGGGAAGUGUUUUAAACGUAAAUCACAUCUUGUUAUGCAUGAGAAAAUUCACACAGGGGAAAAGUCCUUUUCAUGUUCUGAAUGUGGAAAAUGUUUUCACCGUAAAUCGCAUCUUGUUAGACAUGAGCUAAUUCAUACAGGUGAGAAGAUAUAUUCAUGCUCAGACUGUGGGAAAGGUUUUAACCGUAAAUCGCAUCUUCUUGACCAUCAGAAAAAUCACACAGGCUUGUAGCCAUUUUCAUUUUCAGAAUGUGGGAAAUGUUAGUUGAGUCAAGUCUUAUCACACAUCUGACAAUUCACACAGG